CUGCCAACCCCCCACUCCACACCUCCUUCUUCGUUCUCCACGACGCCUUAUCUGUUGGGAGAUGCAAGGGAGUCCAGACGCCUCCCCCGAUCGAUCUGGCCCUUCUUCCAUUUAUACAUUCACCUCAUUUUCCUCUCUCCGCCAUUUGAUCAACCGGUGGAGUGUUCCUUGAUCAGCGUCAAUCCCCAGAUACUCCUCUCCAAGCUUAUUUAUUUAUCUGACUUCCCACUCCUCCUCUCUCAACUCUUGGGUCUUGACCUCCCCAGACCGUGUCGAUCUUCUUCAACUCCACUCAUCAAACUACUGUCACAGAGCUAGUACUAGUAGUCAUACUACUUAUACUUUCUGCAUCGCUCUGGACAACACCGAGAUUCACUCACAUUACUAUCACCUACUACACCUACUACUACUACCACCACUUACUACUGAUAACACCUCUUCUCACCAUGUAUCCCUUUCUUCCCUGGAGUCAGAACCAGUCUAGUGUUCGCUCCUCUCUGAGCGAAGCCACCACUAGCACCCAGAAUGUCUCCUUCAGCUUCAGCUUCGGCAGCUCUUGCUCACCUACUUCGAUGCCGCCUCCCCCACCACCUUCUCCCACUGAUUCCUUGCUCGACAUUACUCCUCGCAAGUGCUCCUUUUCUAGCGGCUAUGAGAUGAACAACUCGUGCGCAUUCCCAUCUUGGCCCAACCGCCCUUCUCUGCUGAGUGCAGACUCGGAGGGCUCCAGUGCCAGCGCCUACCUCUCCGACGAAGAUCUCCUCCCCAUCGGCUCUGGCUCCCCCUGCGAGAGUGCGAUCGACGAAGAAUCCGCCGCGCAGGACCCGACCAUGGGAGACGUUGACCUGACCACCGAGCAGCAGAUCCAGAUGAUUCGCGCCGCAGCGGAAGAAGAAGCGCAGCGCGCGCGUUUCCUUGCUCAGGUGCAGGCCCAUGCGAGAGCACAGCAGGCCAUGCGGGUGGCACAGAUGGCAGCGGCAGAGCGCGAGAACGCAAAGCGCAAGAAGCGCAAGGCCAUCCCCGAGAGGAAGCGGCGGACCGCAUCAGCUUCGAAAGCCACCGUCUGCCGCGCCUAAGAGACACCGAAAAGGGUGUCAUCUUCUCUUUACUCCUUUCCCUUCAUUGUAACACCAAUACGCCAAACCAUCUACUUGCGCAUGUCAUGAUACCCCACG